GCCUAGACGGCGGCGAUGGCGCUAGCGGCCCGCAGGCUCUCCCUGAGUCUGGGGUCCUGCUCGGCCGUCUCGGGCCAGGGGGCUCUUGUCUGGCUCUUUCUCGGCACCUUUUGUAUAGCUCCGGCCAGCGCCAUCCAGGUGACCGUGUCGGACCCCUACCACGUGGUGAUUCUCUUCCAGCCCGUCACCCUGCCCUGCACCUACCAGGUGACCGCCACCCCUACGGUGCCCAUCGUGAUCUGGAAGUACAAGUCCUUCUGCCGGGACCGCAUCGCGGACGCCUUCUCCCCGGCCAGCGUCGACAACCAGCUCAACGCCCAGGUGGCAACUGUGAACUCGGGCUAUAACCCCUACGUGUCCUGCGAUGACAGCGUGCGCACCGUAAGGGUUGUGGCGACCAAGCAAGGCGACGCUGUGACCCUGGGUGACUACUACCAGGGUCGCCGGAUCACCAUCACAGGAAAUGCUGACCUGACGUUUGACCAGACGGCCUGGGGGGACAGCGGCGUGUAUUACUGCUCUGUGGUCUCCGCCCAGGACCUGAAAGGAAACAAUGAGGCCUAUGCAGAGCUCAUUGUCCUGGGUAGGACCUCAGGGGUGGCUGAGCUCUUACCUGAUUUUCGGGCGGGGCCCAUGGAAGACUGGUUAUUUGUGGUUGUGGUCUGCCUGGCCUUCUUCCUCCUCCUCCUCCUCCUGGCCAUCUGCUGGUGCCAGUGCUGCCCCCACACCUGCUGCUGUUAUGUCAGGUGCCCCUGCUGCCCGGACAAGUGCUGCUGCCCAGAAGCCUUGUAUACUGCCGGCAAAGCAGCCACCUCAGGUGUCCCAAGCAUCUACGCCUCCAGCACCUAUGCCCACCUCUCCCCUGCCAAGACCCCGCCACCUGCUGCCAUGCUUCCCAUGGGCCCCCUGUACAACGGCUACCACGGAGGGCAUCCUGCAGAUUUUGACAGGAACAGCUCAGUUGGUGGCCACAGCUCCCAGAUGCCCCUGCUUCGUGACACGGACAGCAGUGUGACCUCUGAUGUCCGGAGUGGCUACCGGAUCCAGGCCAAUCAGCAGGAUGACUCCAUGCGUGUCCUGUACUACAUGGAGAAAGAGCUGGCCAACUUCGACCCUUCGAGACGCAUCCCUCCUGGCGGCGGCCGUGUGGAACGGGCUCUGAGUGAAGUCACCUCUCUCCAUGAGGACGACUUCCGGUCCCAGCCUAUCAGGGGCCCCACACUUACCCCAGUCCGGGAAAUGGAACGAGGUCGGCGGUCCCCCCAGAAUCCCAGGAGGUGGGAGCACGAGCCCCCAACCGAACAGCCCAGGGGCCGCUGGGGGGCUGGACGGCCCCGGGCCCACUCUGUAGAUGCUCUGGAAGAUCUCAGCCGGCCAGGCUCCCCUGAAUCGAGGAGGUCACCCCCCAGCAGUGGGAGGAGAGGCCGUGCCUAUGCACCCCCCAGAAGCCGCAGCCGGGAUGACCUCUACUCUCAAGAUGACUCUAGGGAGUCCCCCUAUUCCUGGGAGCCCCACUAUGAUGAGCUCCGCUCUGGGAGGCGCCCGCAUGCUGAGCCCAGAUCCUACGAUCCCCGCUCCCGGAACCCUCCGGAGGAUAGCUCCAGGCCUGCGAAGCCUCUGUACGACAGGGCGCUUCUGGAAGAGGCUUUGAGGAAAAAGGGAGCCAGGGAAAGGAGGCGGCCCUACAUGGACGAAGAGGAAGAGGAGUCCUACUACCGCUCUGAGCCCCCCCCUUACACUGAGACAGACUCACAGGCUUCCAGAGAGCGGAGGCUGAAAAAGAACUUGGCCCUGAGUCGGGAAAGCCUGGUUGUCUGAUAGCAUGUUUUAUAUGUAACUUUUGUACGUUUUUGUUUUUUUCUAAUUUGAGGAGGGGCUAUUCAUGGUCUUCCCCUUCCUGAAUCAAAUAAAAUGUGUAAUCACA